UACCAGAGGCGCGUUUGCAUCCUAAAUUGUUGCAAAGCUACAUUAAAUCUGAUUUUUGCAUUUAAAUGUAAUCCCUUCUGUCUGGGAGCUGUGUGCAUCUGCUGUUCGAGGAAGCUUGCUAACCGGUCGACCUGCAGUGACGAUCAGCGGUGCCGAGACUAUCAUAAAGGAGGCGGCUGAGGGUUGUUAUGGGAGAGUUGAACAUGUUACUUUAGUGAGAUUGAGUACUUUAGUUCAGCUCGCUGGCAGAUCUGAGCCGCCUUCAAAGUUUAACGUUCUUUGUGCUUUUCAUUUAUUGCUUGUCUCUAAAAGGUUUUGUUCCCAUCAUGAAUCCCCCUUCAUGUCUGGUCCAGGGCAUGAUUGGAUUAUAAACAUUCAUUGCUCCAGUUCUUGGCCUUGAAGAUUAGAAGCUGCAAAGCUUAGCAGACCUAAACACUGACCACGUACAUUCCAGAAGAUUUCUGGAUUAAGAGAUGGCUGAUUUGGAUGGUAAUGACUGCAUCUCCCUGCCGAAGUUACAGUUUACUCCGUUCAGCAGUGCACUUGAUGCUGGCUUCUGGCAUGAAUUAACACGGAGGAAGCUGAAUGACUAUCGGUUGGAUGAAAGCCCAAGACACAUCAAAGGAUACUAUUGCAAUGGUGACCCUGAUGGACUGCCAAUGCGAUUAACCCUGGAGUUUAGUGCUUUUGAAAUGGAGUCUGCAACUCCAACACGCUGCUGUGCUGCAACAGGACUACUCUACAAUACUAACACUCUUGAAUCAUUCAAGGCCUGUGAUAAGAAGGCACUGCUACAGAAGUCAGUUGAAGAGAUAUGGAAGUUGAUUGAGUCUGAUGAGACACCUGACUGCCUUAACCUGAACCGAUUUCUGCUCCUAACCUUUGCUGAUCUGAAGAGGUACCGCUUUUAUUACUGGUUCUGUUUUCCUGCCUUGUGUCUUCCUGAAGGGGUUAAUUUCCUGCAGCCUCCAGCACCCUUAAGCAAGAAGUUUUCACUCAAUCAGAUAAAGGCACUUCAAGAUGCCUACGAUGCACUUUGCUGCAAGACUGGAGCUUCAGCUAUUCCUUAUUUUGUUGUGAAGUACACAGUCGAUUCAGUGUCCAUAUCUCCUCUAGCAAGUUUGGAAGAAGAGGUUAGAGCGCAGAAAAAGGUCACCAUUGGAGUUUAUGACCCCUGCACACUACCUCAGUACCCUGGAUGGCCUUUGAGGAAUCUUUUGUAUCUCAUCACCUAUCGCUGGGGACAAGUCCUGGAUUCACUGGAAGUGCUAUGCUUCAGAGACAGGACUCUGCAAGGCAUGCGUAACUUGACACACAGCUUGCUGUUUGAAGUGAAGCUCCCCAAGCUUUCAAAUGCUUCAGGGUGCCCUAAAGGUGUUGGGUGGGAGAAGAACCAAAAAGGAGCAAUGGGACCAAGAAUAGUGAACCUCAGUGAAUGCAUGGACCCUAGGCGACUGGCUGAGUCCUCAGUGGACCUGAAUCUAAAACUGAUGCGUUGGAGGCUGGUGCCAACUCUGGACUUGGAGAAAGUGAUCAGCACGAAGUGUCUCCUGCUUGGAGCGGGGACACUGGGCUGCAAUGUGGCCAGGACACUUCUGGGCUGGGGUGUAAGGCACAUUACCUUUGUGGACAAUGCUAAGAUUUCUUACUCCAACCCAGUACGCCAGCCUUUGUAUGAGUUUGAAGACUGUAUAGGUGGUGGAAAGUCCAAAGCGUUGGCAGCAGUGGAGAGGCUUAGAAAAAUAUUUCCUGGAGUGGAUGCACACGGUCACCACUUGAGCAUCCCCAUGCCUGGCCAUCCAGUAAAUUUCUCAGAAGAAACAAUGCAGCAGGCUGUCAAAGAUGUGCAGCAGAUGGAGGCCCUUAUCUCUUCCCAUGAUGUGGUCUUUCUGCUGAUGGAUACACGCGAGAGCCGAUGGCUGCCCACUAUGAUUGCUGCAAGCCAGAGGAAGCUUGUCAUUAAUGCUGCCCUGGGCUUUGACACUUUUGUUGUAAUGAGACACGGCCUAAAAAAGUUACCAGUGCAGGACAGCAGCACGCCAUCAGGGGAUACUGGAUCAACAUCACUCUUCUCCAACAUACCUGGCCAUAAGUUGGGAUGCUACUUCUGCAAUGAUGUUGUGGCGCCUGGUGAUUCAACCAGAGACCGUACCUUGGAUCAGCAGUGUACGGUCAGUCGCCCUGGUUUAGCUAUGAUUGCCGGUGCCCUCGCUGUUGAGCUUCUUAUCUCUGUGUUACAGCACCCAGAAGGUGGCUAUGCAGUGGCCAGCAGCAGUGAUGACCGAAUGAAUGAGCCUCCAACUUCACUGGGCCUUGUCCCACAUCAGAUUCGAGGAUUUUUAUCCCGCUUUGACAAUGUGCUUCCUGCUAGCCUGGCUUUUGACAAAUGCACUGCAUGCUCCGCCGCGGUACUCCACCGUUAUGAGCGUGAUGGUUUCCAGUUUCUGGCAGAAGUGUUCAACUCUUCUCAUUCCUUUUUGGAAGAUCUGACAGGACUGACACUGUUGCACCAAGAGACUCAGGCAGCUGAGGUGAGAGCCAUUUGGGACAUGAGUGACGAUGAAAGCAUCUAGAGAUAUCCAAAGACCUCAGCUCUGCUUGAACCCUGUGCUUCAACUCCUCUUCUGUGCAUCUUUGGUGUCACGAUACUUUUCCAAUAGCAAUGAUCUGCACAGCCAAGACUUGCAGGAGAUCAAAGCAGCAGUCAUCACGAAUGACAAAUUGGUGCACUUAAUGAAGGACUGUGAUAAACGCACCAUAAACACUCGGUGAGGGCCGACUUUCUAUUUGUAUUUAAGACAAUUCAACCGCACAAGUGAGAAGCCACGUGCUCACCUGGACUGCACAGUUAGCAGACCCUUUCCAUCCACCUUUACAGGCACAAGUGGUGGUACGUGUGGUUUGAGGCUUAAGGGUUUCUUUUGCUUCCCUCCCAAUCAAGCACCUUUUAAUCUGGGAACGCUUCCUAAUUAUGGCUGAAAUGGACCUUCUGAUUGGCUUCCUGUUUGAAAUCCCAUCAUGCUUUAUUCCUUUAAAUUGAUGUGGCUACACAGAAGUUGCCAGCAGCACUACUUGCCUCUUGUCUAUCUUCUUUUUUUUUUGUCCCUCCUUUCUAUCAAUGAGCUGAGCUUUUCAAACUGCAGAUCAGGGGUUCACCUUUCUCCUUCUAGUGACCACUGAAACUGGGAAAAAAAAAUGAGCAGAGCCUGGUUUUACCUGCCGCCAUUUGUGCUCACUGUGUCUGCAGGGGAGUCAUCUAAUGGGUGAAGGCCCUUGGCAGUAUCUCAAUUUCUGUAAAUUUGAAUUAAUGUGUCUGUAUUACAAAUAUUUUAAUAACACACAAUCUCAAAGUAAAAAUAUGUAUCAAAAUAAAAUAUUAAAGACAUGA